GCUCGUUUUGGUCCUGGCAACAGAAGCCGUAGUCCCCACACAGCGAGAGAGAGAGAGAGAGAGAGAGAGAGAGAGAGAGGGCAGAAGAGCACUUGCGUCCAGAGCUUUUCCACUGGUCUCCCCACUAGAAAGGUCCCUCUCUUCGCCCGCCCGACCUUAUUCCCCAUCAUUCUCUCAGGAAUCCCCUUUCUGAAGAAUCCAUGAAUCAAGACUUGUGCUUUCUUCCCUUCACCACCCCGUCUUAUUCACCGUAACCACCACCAUCAUCGUCAACACCAUUCUUCAUUCUUCCCCUGCUUUCCCUCCUCUUUCCCCUCGGGUCAAAACCACCAGUUUAGACUCUUCUGGGCUUUUGGAGGAGUCUGCUGCGGUCUUUUAGCUCCGAUUGCAGUUUUGAGCUACGAAAUAUUUGAUCUUCCUGCCGUCUGGUGCAUCUCUUGUUUGAUUCCGGGAGAUUAGGGUCCGGGAAGUACUGAGGGAUUUCUUCUUACAUUCCUCUCAUGGGUUUUCGAUAGCUCAACGAUCUCCUCAGCAGCGGUCUGUUGCCAUCUUCGUCACCGAAAACCAGAUCGAGCAGUGUUCGUCCCUCCGGCGAGCGGCCGAGUACCACCCUAUCACGGUCAUUCUUCUCGGUCAGCUAUCGUUUGUCGGCGCUGUCAUCGUGGCCGCACAUCAGGCGAGCACUCCUCAUCCAUCCCUUGUAACCGCAGUUAGAUACGAGAAGUACUAAACUGCUGCUUUGAAUGAGUUCUUUGCCUGCAUUUGGAUCUGGGAUUGGUCUUUCUAUACCUGAGCUUGAUGGUAUGUUGGUGGGCUAUUUCUGAUAUACCCAUGAAUUGGUUUAUUGAUGCUCAAAUAAUGGAGCAGAGGACUGGUUAUCUUAGUGACAAGAGCAGUCUAUGGUUGGAAUUGUCAAAGAAGCUCUCAGUAAGGGAUUGGAGGAAUCACCUCUGCAAUCACUACUUUGGAUCAAAGGUCAGAGGGACAUGGUGGAGGAAGCUUCUGUUCUUGUGGGUAGCUGGAUGGUUACUUGGUUCUCUAUGGAUCUUCUGGUUUAUGAACUCCCAAGCAGUGGAGAAGAGGCGAGAGACACUUGCAAGCAUGUGUGAUGAACGUGCUAGGAUGCUUCAGGACCAGUUUAAUGUCAGCAUGAACCAUCUUCAGGCCCUAGCAAUUCUGAUCUCAACAUUUCACCACUCUAAGGAGCCAUCUGCCAUUGAUCAGAUAACCUUUUCUAGGUAUGCUGAAAGGACUGCUUUUGAGAGACCGUUGACCAGUGGUGUAGCAUAUGCUGUGAAGGUGCUGCAUUCAGAAAGAGAACAGUUUGAGAAGCAACAAGGUUGGAGAAUUAAGAGAAUGGAUUCGACAGAGCAGUCCCCAGCUUGGGAGGAAGAUGCAGAUCUUGUGAAUGAAGAGACAUCCCGUGUGCAAGGAGAAUAUGCUCCUGUUAUCUUUGCCCAAGACACUUAUAAACAUGUAAUUUCAUUUGAUAUGUUAACCGGAAAGGAGGAUUGUGAAAACAUCCUACGAGCUCGGGAAUCCGGGAAGGGUGUUUUAACUGCUCCUUUUCGGCUUUUAAAAUCAAAAAGACUGGGGGUUAUUCUGACAUAUGCAGUUUACAAGUCAGAACUUACUUCAAAUGCGACACCAGCUGAACGCAUCCAAGCAGCCAUAGGGUACUUAGGUGGAAUAUUUGAUGUAGAGGCUCUAGUGGAUAAGUUACUUCACCAACUUUCAAGCAAGCAUUCCAUCAUUGUCAAUGUUUAUGAUACAACUAAUCCUGAUGAACCAAUCAGCAUGUAUGGUUCAAACAUGACAGGUACUGGCAUAUGCCAUAUUAGUACCCUUAAUUUUGGCGAUCCAGUAAGAAAGCAUGAGAUGCAUUGCAGGUUCAAACAAAAACCUCCAUUGCCUUGGCUUGCAAUAACAACAUCAAUUGGAACUCUUGUGAUUGCUUUACUAGUUGGAUACAUAUUCCAUGCUACUGUAAGCCGCAUUGCAAAAGUGGAAGAUGAUUAUCGACAAAUGAUGGAACUUAAAAAGCGAGCUGAAGCAGCGGAUGUUGCAAAAUCUCAGUUCUUGGCGACUGUGUCUCAUGAAAUCAGAACUCCAAUGAAUGGUGUAUUAGGGAUGCUUCAAAUGCUUAUGGAUACUGAUCUGGACAUAACUCAAGAAGACUAUGUUAGAACUGCUCAAGCCAGUGGAAAAGCUCUGGUGUCACUUAUAAAUGAGGUUCUGGAUCAAGCAAAGAUUGAGUCGGGUAAGCUUGAACUUGAAGCUGUCCCAUUUGACUUGCGGGCAGUAUUGGAUGAUAUCUUGUCACUUUUCUAUGGAAAGGCUCAGGAAAAAGGACUAGAGUUGGCAGUAUAUGUCUCUGAUCAAGUUCCUGAAAUCCUUGUUGGUGACCAUGGAAGAAUACGACAAAUCAUCACAAAUCUGAUAGGAAAUUCAAUAAAAUUCACAGAGAGAGGACAUAUAUACCUGACUGUUCAUCUUAUUAAAGAGGUGAUGACUUCAUUGGAUAUGGAAACAGAAGCUCAUUCCACAAAUACCUUGAGUGGCUUUCUGGUGGCGGAUAGAAGGCGUAGCUGGGAAAGAUUUGAGAUCUGCAAGCUAGAAUUUCCUGGAUCUGAUCCAUAUCUUUCGUCAACCACUUCUGAUCUUAUAAAUCUGAUCAUAUCUGUUGAAGAUACAGGGGUGGGCAUUCCUCUAGAAGCCCAAUCCCGUGUGUUCACUCCUUUCAUGCAGGUGGGACCUUCAAUUUCUCGCAUUCAUGGGGGAACUGGUAUUGGACUGAGCAUUAGUAAGUGUUUAGUUAGUCUCAUGAAGGGAGAGAUUGGAUUUGUGAGUGAACCACAGAUUGGUUCCACUUUUACCUUCACAGUGGUCCUCUCAAGAGCAUGUACUACCUCAAAUGAGUAUAAAUCAUCAGAAUUUUAUGGGAUGAAUGCAUUGGUAGUUGACCAUAGACCGGCCCGAGCUAAGAUCACAAAAUACCAUCUUCAGAGGCUGGGAAUAAAUGCUAUAUUGGAGAUUGACCCAAAUCAAGUUCUUGCUAGAUUAACUAGUGGAGGAUUGACAACAAAAAUGGUGCUUAUUGAAAAGGAAACAUGGUCAAAAGGUAAUAGUAUUUGGCCCUCUAUAAUUAGGAGAUUAAAGGAUGAUCAGUUGGAUAUCCCAAAAGUCCUCCUUUUAGCAAAUCCUUCAAGUUCUGUUAAAAAUAAUUCUACCAAUUCAAUGGAAUAUAUCUCAACUAUAAUCACAAAGCCACUCAGAGCAAGCAUGCUUCAAGUCUCUUUACGACGGGCAAUGGGUUGUGGAGACGGGGAACCUUCCCGAAAUGGCCGGCCUCCCCAGUUGUCAUUGCACAGCCUUCUUCAUGAGAAGCAGAUUCUGGUUGUUGAUGACAAUAUUGUGAAUCUUAGAGUAGCAGCUGGUGCUUUAAAAAAAUAUGGAGCCGAAGUAACUUGUGCGGACAGUGGGAAGAAGGCCAUAAGCAUGCUCAAGCCACCACACAAAUUUGAUGCCUGUUUUAUGGAUAUUCAGAUGCCUGAAAUAGAUGGAUUUGAAGCUACUAAAAGGAUACGCAAAAUGGAAGCUGAUACAAAUAAUCUAAUAAAGCAUGGAGAAGUUUCAGUUGAGACUUUUGGAAAUGUUUUGCACUGGCAUGUUCCCAUACUAGCCAUGACAGCGGAUGUAAUCCAGGCAACACAUGAGCAGUGCCUACGGUGUGGAAUGGAUGGUUAUGUGUCAAAACCUUUUGAAGGGGAACAACUGUACAGGGAAGUUACUCGGUUUUUUAAAACAGUCACGAAAAAGAACCAAUAGUGAAGAUAAAUGUGGAAAAUAUGUUAAUGACAGGAUUUUGGAACAAGUGUUCAUCCGCUUCAGCAUCAGGCACUGUUUGAUAGAAUAUGGAGUUGUUUUGAGAAUUGGAGAUGAAACAGGUCUUUUUGCUGGUCCACCUUUCACUCCGUUUCAUCUCAUUUUUACCAUGGGUUGAUAUCAGACAUUACUUGAGCUGCACAACCAUAAAAUCAAUUUUUUGCACUCGGUUUGAUAUGAAGGAGGAACACCUUUUCCUGGUCAGGAUAGCGACUGUCGAUGUUCUCUACCUUGUUCAAUAACGUGGAUUUGGAAUAUUCUAUAUUUUGCCAUUAAGUAUACAAAGUGUACAUAGAUUAACAGGUCAAUUUAGUUUUUUUUUUUUUUUUUUUCCGUUUACUCAAGUCUGAUAAAACAUGUCUUCUUCAGCAAUGAAAGAAUUCAUGGAUGUAAAUUAAAGAUUCAAUAAAAAUUCAUGCGUGAGUCAGAUUUUGCACUUAA